AUGAGUGGAGUUAAAUCCAAAGGUGUUGGUUUUCUGUUUAUGUUUAACAUAAUAUUUAGCGCAGCUCUUUAUGAACAUGAGCUUUCCUUGGAGUGUACAGGAAAAACGUACAAAAAUGUCACUCUGACUGCCUACUACCCAGAUUUCUUUGAUGAAGACCAUGAAGGAGGUUAUUUGGACAAGAAGGGUCAGAAACUCAGAUCAUUGCAGGAUUACAUAGACAAUAGGGCAGAUUACGUAACUUUAUCUAUGGACAACGCGCUGGGUAUACCAUAUGGUACCCCUGUAUGUAUUCCAGAAUUAAAUCAACACUAUGGGCACAAAAUCCUAUUGCAAGUAAGAGAUUCGUCGUUCGAUAUGUUCCAAAGCGGUUACACGAGAGCUGACAUAUGUGUGAGAUCUGAUGUCGACAGUUACGAUAGAAGUGUCAAUCGUGAGGUUACUUUAAUUUUCACCAAAAAUAUUUAA